GCUGUUUUAAUGUCAAGCUCAUCGAACACAAUUACAACCACAACACAAUCAGAGAAACUUAGAGGACGCACUGUUUCCAUGUUUAUGGAGGAACCUCGCUCUUCAUUCAAUUGAAGCAGGACAUCAAGUGCCUGAUGAACCAUGGGGCCGAGGCUCUCUCAUGGCAGUUGGCUGUGGGUGUUCAUGUCCCUAUUGGGUGCUGUAGACUGCACUUACCACUGCCUCAGCAGCAGCAGUGACACACAACCUUUCCUCUCCUUGACCCAAACUCAGACUUGGCGGGUGGAAAGCGAUGGUGGUUGCCUGAAGCCCUUGUAUAACUUUGCCAAACUUUUCCUUGACUCAGUACAGCCAAAUCCUUUCCCGGAAGAUAUCAUCUCUACAGCUUUAAAGACUGAACAACUAGAUAUUCCACAGCUGAUUCGGUAUGAGGCUGGAUACAUAGUGUGUUUGCUCUUGGCUGUACUUUACCUGCUCGUGAUGCCAGUUGCCGGUGGAGUUCUUGCUUGGAGGUCUUUCCAUAGCAGGAAGGUAGAGGUGAACAACACUCAGUCAUCAUCAUUAGCAUCCCUCUACCAUCAGGACAUCGGUGUGGCAGCUUGUUUAGUUCUUGUCACCAUUUUACUCCUGACAGGGGUGAUCUUGGCUUUCACCGUGAACAGUCGAGUCAGUGAGAACAUGCACCCAGGCCUGUAUCAUGUAGAGACCAGCGCCAGGAUCAUUGAAGACUCUCUAACUUCCAUUACACAGAAAAUUAAGGUCAUUAUGGAACAGUACUCCAUUCCCAAAGCAGAAAUCUCAAAGGAAAUGAAUGAUGCUGACAACAUCAUUGGUGCAACAAUCAUCUCCUCUUUCAACACUGAUGUCGAAGAAUAUCUCAUAGACUUAUCUGUCUCCAUCGAAGAUGCUAUUGGAACCUUUGAGAACCUGCAGCUGUAUCAGACGACCAGGACAGACCUGCAGGCCAAUCACACAACCCUGCAGAACGGCAUCCAGGGACUACAGAGCCGAGUGGAGAGUCUGGGGAAAUGCCCCACCUGUGACGUCCCCAACCCUAGCAACCUGACUACUGUUGCUAACUACUACCUGAUCCCCAGUGUGGAUGACAAGUUGAAUGAUAUGCCUCCUGCAUCCAGCCUCGCAGGCCUCAUUGAACAGGGGAACCUAACCUUCCAUGCCAUUCCACAAAAGUGCUCAGAGCAAGUGGCUCCCACAAUAGCAGCUCUCAUGUCAGUGCUGAAUGAAUCCCAAGAAGAGUUGCUGAACACCAGCCAUAAGUUCCCCUCGCUGGAGUCUCUCAUUGAGGCUGUGUCUGACUGUAAAACCACUGUGAGACGCUUUGCAGACCCAGUAGAUUACUACGACUUUGUCAGGUGGGCAGUGUCAUUGACACUCUGCGUGGUGAUGCUGGUCAUAGUGGUUCUGAUGGUGGUUGCUCUCUCUCUGGGACUGCCUGUGUUCUUCUACCCUACGAUUUACUCCACAUACCAAGAUGCUCGACUGGAACACACAGCAAUUGGCCUGUAUAGAGCAGCUGCAGUAGCGAGCUUCGUGUUUUCCUGGCUUUUCAUCCUCUUGGUCUUUAUCGUGUUGUUUUUCGGGGGGAAUGCCCACACCCUGGGCUGCCGGAGCUGGACCCAUGGACAGCUCUUUGGGUUCUUAGACCAGCAGAAUAAUAUUUUUGGCAGCCUAAACAACAUCAGUCAAAGCUUCAACACCAGUCAAAGCCCCAAUAUCAGUCAAGAGACCAACUCUGAGACCCAACAGAUUCAGCCCAGCACCUCAGCAAUAUACCAUGGCUGUAAGAGUGGACAGUCAUUGUUCCACAGCAUGCACAUGGAGCAGCACUUUGAUCUGGAGGACUUCCUCAAUGCCAGCAAGUACUUGGAUGGAUUCAAUGAGACUGCUCAGAAUAUGUCAGUCAACCUGGAAGGCUUGAAACUGCUACCUGACAAUGGCAGACAGGGCCUACUGAGCUUUAAACAGUGUGGAAUAGACAGCAUCAACUACCAUGAGCAAUUACUACUGCUAAGCACACCAGUUGUGAAGACAGACCUUGGAGUAUUUGCCAAUGAACUGGAUAAGAAGGCAGAAGUUCCUGCAAAUGGUGAAAUUAAGGAAGAAUUGAAAAAAGAGGCAGAAACAACCAGAUAUCUGAACACCAUCGUUAAGCUACAGCAGACAAAUGCAGCAAAAAUGAGCCAAAUUGUGAGUGCCUUGAAGACUAUCAGCACAGUCUACAAGGCUAAUGUAGACAAAGCUCUGGAAAGUUUGACCCAGACAGAAGUGGCACUCCACAACCAGCUUCCUUACAUUGUGGGAAAUGUGUCUCAGUGUAUCAUGGAGAAAGGAGAACAAUCCCUGCUUCGGUACCUAGAUUGGGUCCGCCAUGCGAUCUUAUAUAAUGUCCUGGAUUGCCAUUGGCUUGCUGUGUCACUGGACAAUGUGUAUACAGCAGUCUGUCUCAAUGUGGUUGAUCCAUUGAAUGCAUUCUGGCUGUGUCUGGGAUGGUGUUGUGCAUUCCUGGUCCCUGGAGUGAUCUUCAGCAUCUAUACAGCCAGGCGAUUGAAGCCAGAGCCCACCUUCAUUAGUAAGGAUACAUUCAUCUUGCCUGAGAAGAAGACAGAGAAUAUGAACUGCCAUACAGAGAAAGCUGCAUCCAACAACUACAUGAGCUUAGAAGAAGUCCAUGAGAUGAGCAUGGUUUCUGAAUACAUCAAAUGCAAGAAAUGUGAAGACUAAGACACUUGAAAUUAAAUGCAAAAAAAUAUGAUACUAUGUUGAAAGCAAAAUGGUGGGGUUACCCCAUAUGGAAUCUAAUCUUGUCGAUUAUAGAAAUAAUUUGUGUAACAACUUCUGACAUCCUGACAACGUUAGUUGUGGUAUCUAUCGCUAUGUGGUCUCGGGUAUCUAUUCUUAUUUAAACUGGGCAAACCAGCCUCUAUAAUUCAUCUGAAGCACAUGCCUAUUUAAUCAAAAGCGAAGGCCUAUGUAAAUCUGAUAAAUUGGUUUAUUCGUUCCUAUUAGUUUUUUUCUACUAAAUUGUUAUAAUGAAUAAAAAACGUAUUAGUAUUAUCACUAUAUUUAUCUCUUAUGUCAUCAGCGCCGCUGGUGUAAUGGUAUCAUGGAAGAUUCCCAUUCUUUCGACCCGGGUUCGAUUCCCGGGCGGCGCACGAAUUUUAUUUAUUUGUUCUCGCCAAAUUCCAAAUCAAAAAGUAUUGUGAAGAAACCAAAUUAUAUAUUGAGUAAUACAUCCACCGUCACCUAUGUAUUUUGAUGCUUUCAUCUCACUUGAGAGCGAACCAAAGAUUUCCAAAGGUCCAACUACUAAACCCACCCUGGCCCCACUCAAGGGAAGUUUGGAUUUGCAAAAAAACACAUUCCCAAUUCACACUUGUAUAUUUGUGUGUAAUAAGACAAAUAUAAGCACCGACGAAAUUAUUAUUGUAGAAUUAUUGCAUUGUCAACCCCUAUCUCUGACGCUAACGUUAGCUACAAUGUUGCUGGUUGUGAUCAGUCACGUGAGUUUCCAAGACGUGUGUUAUUUUUUGUUCAUCACCAUUUUUUAAAUAUUUUUUUUAUUUACAAUACAAAAUAAACUAUUUACAUCGCUACAUCAAACAUGUCUAACAAAACACAACACAGGUAUAAACAAGAAAAUAUUAAAUAAAAUAAUAAUAAUAUAUAAAUAAAUUUAAAAAACAAUUAUAGUGCAAUUGUAUUCACUCGGGAAAAAAAUGCAUUAUAAUGAUUCAGGAAGAUUAUAUUAUAUUUCUUAUUCACUAGGGAUAAUGUCUCAAUUCAAUUCAAUUUUGGUAUAGAAUUCUGGAAUUUUUGUUUGUGUAUAAAGUAUUUGGCAACAACAAUAAAAAAAAUCACAAU